GCACCGUUGGGAAACCCGCGUCCCAAAGUCUAGGGAUUCUGAAGAUUGCUGAAGACCAAAAAAGUUGAUUGGCUACUUGUCUGCGGUUGUUGUUGGUUGUUGUCACGGCGAACUAACCUAAGAAUUUGGCUCCAGGGAAAGCGCGGAGAUUUAUUUCGUUGAAUUUAACCAGUUUUCCACAUUCGAGGCGGAAAAGAUGUCAGACGAGGAGAAAGACGAAGAGAAGCCUAUAGUGCCGAAGACAGCCGUGGACCUGCAAAGAUUGAAACUAAUGAAGCUAAUGAAGAAUGCAGACAAACCGAUUAUAUUACCAGAACGUCCAAAAGUCAAGAACACACCUUCCGUACCGGAAUUUGUUCGCAACGUUAUGGGGAGCAGCGCUGGAGCAGGCAGCGGAGAGUUUCACGUGUACAGGCAUCUGCGGCGUAAAGAAUACGCACGGCAAAAAUUUAUUCAGGAGAAGGCACAUAAGGAGCUCUUGGAUGAAGAAUAUCAUCAGAAAUUAGAAGAAAAUAAAAAAUUGGCUGAGGAAGUAACAGCAAAGAAACGUGCCAAGAGGUUGAAGAAGAAGCAAGGGCGUAAGCAGAAGAAACAUAGGAAGACGGAGGAAGAUAACGCUGUUAUGGAUAAAAAUCCCUUUGAGAUUGAUAGUUCAGAUGAGAAUGAGGAAAGUAGGACUGAGGAAAGUAAUGAAGUGAUUGAAGAAAAUGACAGUUGUAAAAAUGUGCCUGUUGAUGUAAGUGAAGUGAAGACAGUGACAGAAAAGGAGUCAUCACUACCUGUGGUAGAAAGCCAAGAUACAAUAAAAGCAUCAUCCGAGGUAUCUAAUGAAAAUGUUCAAUGUGAAAACAGCUCGUGACAUGUGUAUUAACAUUUUCUUGUUAAAUUGAGAUUAUAUUUAAUGUGAAAUACUACUGCAUCUCUUGAUCAAUGUACAAUAAUAUAAUUAUUUAACUAUAAAUUUAAUUUAGAUUUAUAUGUUUUUUUUAAAUAACUGCUAAAGGAAAUAAAUUUAUGAAAAUUUCUAAUUUAUGUAUUAUCAAAACUUUAGAUCAUAUACAUAUGUACACAGUAAAUAAUAUAUUUAACAAUGUAUUUAUUUGUGAUUAUAGAAUUAUGUAUUGAGCCAUGUUAUGUUAUUAUAGUACAAGUUUUAUGUAUAUCGUUUGCAUUUUUCUAUAAAUAAUUUUUAAAUAA